GUAGCCGAGAGACUGCUUUCACCUAUGCUGUCAGUGCUGCCGGGGUGGUGAAUGCGAUCAGCCGGGCUUGCCGUGAAGGAGAGCUCUCCAGCUGUGGCUGCAGCCGGACGGCCCGACCGAAGGACUUGCCCCGAGACUGGCUGUGGGGUGGCUGCGGGGAUAACGUGGAGUAUGGAUACCGUUUUGCCAAGGAGUUUGUGGAUGCCAAGGAAAGGGAGAAGAACUACGUGAGAGGUUCAGAGGAGCAGGCUCGCAUGCUGAUGAACUUGCAGAACAAUGAGGCUGGUCGCAGGGCCGUGUACAAGCUGGCGGACGUGGCCUGCAAGUGCCACGGUGUGUCAGGCUCCUGCAGCCUCAAGACCUGCUGGCUGCAGCUGGCUGACUUCCGCAAGGUGGGUGACCUGCUGAAGGAGAAGUAUGACAGCGCCGCUGCCAUCCGCAAGGGCAAGCUGGAGCUGGUGAACAACCGUUUCAACAUGCCAACGCAAGAGGACCUGGUCUACGUCGACCCCAGCCCGGACUAUUGCCUGCGCAAUGAGACCACUGGCUCGCUGGGCACUCAGGGCCGACUGUGCAACAAGACCUCAGAGGGUAUGGAUGGGUGCGAGCUGAUGUGCUGCGGACGGGGUUAUGACCAGUUCAAGAGUGUCCAGGUGGAGCGUUGUCACUGCAAGUUCCAUUGGUGCUGUUAUGUCAAGUGUAAAAAGUGCACAGAGAUCGUCGACCAGUACGUCUGUAAAUGAAAAGAGCCACCAAAGCAACAAAUCUAUAUUAUAUAAAUCUAUA